AUCUGUAGUUUUGUUGUAUUUUAAUAAAUAGCCCAGACUAAAGUAUGAUUAUUCUUAUUAUCAGCAGACUGUUAUUGUUUUGAGAUCACUUUCGUUUCCGUCUCUUUACCCGGAAAUGAUUGGUUGGCAUUGGCAACGUUUUAGACAGGUCUAACGGCGUUCACGGUCUCUGAAUAAAAGAAAUCGAAAGGAAAGAUAAAAAAGAAUCUAGCCAAGGACGUCUGAGCCUUCGUAUUCUCAAAUCCACUCACCACAGAGGAGCGAGGAGCGAGCACAGACUGCAAACAGAAUGACCAGCUCAUCGGCUCCCAGGAUGGUGAACAGUUACAAGCGGACUUCAAGCCCCCGAUCCCCUACUAACAGUGGGGAGCUCUUCACGCCGGCACAUGAGGAAAAUGUGCGCUUUAUACAUGACACCUGGCAGUGUGUGCUCAGAGACAUCAGAUCAACACAAAAUAGUGAACGUAAUGACCGUGGACCACAGGAGUAUGUCGAGAAGAACCCAAAUCCUAACCUGCAUUCUUUCACACCAGUGGACCUGAGUGACCUCAAGAAACGCAACACACAGGACUCCAAGAAGUCUUAGUCUUGUUGAUGGUCCAAUCCCUUUUUCCCACCCAUUAUCCUCAAGAACGUUUCCUCCAUCAACCCUCUGUCAGCCAGAAAGUCUGCCCUGUUGGCCAGUCUAAGACAGAAUGCCAGUGUCAUUUCUAAACUCUGGAACAUACCCCUGUCUUUUUUCUUUUUUUUUUUUUUACCCACUACAGCUGACUAAGAAGGAAAGAACUGGGAUUUCAGGGAGCACAAAUUCUCCCUUCUCUUGGUUCAUGUUUUUUUAAGUCACAAAAUCUUCACAUGUACUUUCUUUAUGUGGAUGGGACUCAUUCAGACUUUCAUCAUAAUUUGCUGACAACUGAUGCUGAGGUACAAACUGCUGUCACUCUCCGCAGGACACAAACGGCUGCAGUCUUAAAUACAAACCCUGUUUUCUUUACUACUGCUACUUAUAUGACUUUGGAGUAAAAUGCGAAAGGGCUGACUCCUAUUUGUUUGUGUGGGAAGAUAGUUUAAUCGAUAAAUUGUAGAAGGUCACAUUGGAUUCAUAUUUUAUGGGCAAGUUUCAGAAGCCAAAUGCAAUGUAGAAGGCCAACAUUUUUAUUCAAAUAUUUCUUGCCCUCAAAUGGACUUUACUAAGUAGUGACCUCCCCAAGUUUGCUGCCCUUGGUUAACACCCCUCCCUAAGCCUUGAAAGAAAAUGUUGAAUAAAAGACUUUUACAGUA